AUGUCGUCCCGACGGAACGGGUCGGUGUCUCGGGCGGCCGAGGCUGCCUCAAAGAACCGACUUCAUAUGGAUAGGAAUCCACAACAUUCGAGAAUUACUGAUCCCUCGAAUCCGGCCGGACGUCGGAAAGAAAUAGACAACGUGAUGAAGAGAGCACGCCAAGCUUCUCCAGGCAGCUGGGAUAGAAAACUUUUAGAAGUUGAAGAGAAGGAUCCCAACAGAUGGCGCCACACUGGCUACAAACAAUUGUACCUGGACGGUUCCAGAUCUCCGUCCCCACGCCGCUCCAGGUCCCCAGGCCUUAGGAGGUCCAGGACUCCACUAGCGUCUCGUCGCUCGCGUUCGGGCGGUCGACGUUCCCGCUCCCCGGUGGGACGACGUUCGCGCUCCCCCUUGGGGCGCCGCACCCGCUCGCCCGUGGGCCGGCGCUCCCCGCGCAAGUCGCGCUCCCGCUCAGCUCGCCGCAGCCCGCGCCGCACUCCACGCAGGAGUCCUAUCAGACGCAGUCCGCUCCGCUCGCCCCGGCGCCGCUCGCCGCGUGCGGCCCCUCUGGCCCCGCCCGUGGCCCGGCGUGAGGCUCGCCGCCCAGUUCCACCCCCCGCGCGGCCUGUUCGUCCCCCCUCGCCGCCGCAGCCCAGGAAGUCAUCAUCAGGUUCUUCCGCCAGUAGCUGCUCUGACGAGUCAUGUUCCGUUUGUUCCGCUAAGAACAAGAAGGGACCACCGCCGCCUAAGCCUGUUAAACCUGUUGGAGCUUUAUCUCCGACUCGAGCUCGUGCUGUGCAGCCUACGAGAGAGUUAUUAAAAGCUCGAGAGAGUAGCAAGAGAACCCGUGAGGAAAAAGUGCUGGAGUGGCAACGCUCGCAGCUGUGCGUGGCGCCGCAGAUCAAGCGCGAGGGCGAGCGCUCCGAGCGGCCCGAGCGAGGCGAGCGCGCCGAGCGCCCCGCCGCCGCUCGCAACGCUCGCGCCGUGUCGCCCGCCGCCAUCGCCGCCGCGCUCAACGACUCCGACUCUGACUCGGAGUCCGACGCCAGCGAGGAGCCGCAGCCGCAGAGACUGACUUUGUCAGAACGCUUCGGCAAGAUGGCGCAGUGGUCCUUGGACAGGUCCUCACGGCUCGAGAACAUGCGCAUCACUCGUCGCGAGACCACGCUGCACGUGCGCAUUGAGCGAGACGAGCGGGAGCCCGAACCCGCAGGCGGCCCAGAGCACCCCACCUUCCCGGGCGCGGAGGGUGCGGCGGCGGGCAGCUACCCCGCCGAGCUGCUGCUGGCGGCGCCCGCCGGCCUGCCGUCCUGGGACGACGUGCGCGUGCGAUACGACUACUACAAGAAGCGCGGCUACUUGCGAGGUCUAACGCUGGGCGACUACGUGAAGUGGGAGGAGUGGUGGUACAAGUACCAGGAGUGGCUGAAGCACGAGCGCGCCUACGAGCGCUGGGCGGAGGGCGACACGGCGCCGCGCCGCGAGCGUCGCCGCCGGGGGGGGCGCCACCGCCGCAGCUGA